AUGGUCAGCAAAUCGAUAUCCACCAGUAAUCGGUCAGUCAAGAGCUCUACAAAGUCAGGAAAUAUACCUGAUCAGGAAAGCAACUCUGGAGAAAGAUAUCCUGGAGUAAAGUUUAAGAGCAUGGAGCAAGAAGGACGAGACUCAAGUCGGGACCCUGACGCGGCCAUUGGGAACAACAGAUCAUCUCCAAAGGCAAAUGCGACUGCAAAUCAUGCUAGCGACAGUACACAAGAGGGACAACCACUUUUAGGAACUCAGACCAGAGCUUCUCACCGGUCGCUGGGGCCAUCAACAGCUACAGAACGGUUUCCAGUGGACUAUGAAGGUGAACAAGAGCACCUUUUCGGAGUGCGCAAGAAGUACAGAGUGUUUACGGAUAACUCCAGAGUUGUUCUCAAUGUGCUUAUAAUAAUCAAUACCGUUUGGCUGGUGACAAAAUUUGUUUCCGACUUUUUUUUGACAAUAGGGUUUUUACGCUGCAGCAACAGGUUGACGAGUUUCAAUGAUUUGACAUUGAUCUUCAUCUCUAUCAUGGCGAACGCUCUGAACCUGUGGUUCAACAAAAUCGGCUUGUAUUCCCCCAUAGAUCAGUCGUUGAAUAUCAUUUUGGUGUUGUACACCGUAUUCGACUUGCUGUUGGAGUUGAUGGUUUCGUACACGAGGAGGAGAAUAGGCUUUGUGGGCUCUUUCACUUAUCUGUGGGCCGCCUUGACAUUCUUGGUUGGAGCAGUCUUGGAUUGGUAUCUCUUUAGUUUCAUUAGAGAUUUCAACCCCAUACAGCAAGAUGAAGAAGAGGAAGCGGAGAACAUGAGAAGCGAAAGUGGUUCGAGGCACACUUUAAAGGAGUGGAUUUCAAUCGGUACGAGAAACGUAGCUAAGGGCCUCAUUCUUUUGUAUUUCGUGUUGUUCACUUUCAACUCACUACUUUACGCCUUUGAUAUCGUGAGGGUUACAUCCAGUGUGAGGGACCUUUCUGCUGAGGCAUCCGCUUCUUAUGACGCCUUUCACUGGGUUGAUAAGGAGAAAACGUAUCAGUUGCAUAUAGCCUGCUAUGGAGAUAUCUUAGCUGAGGAGAAAGAUCAGCAACCUAUAAUUCUUUUCGAGCACGGAGGAGCAGACACAGGCUUUUUGUCUGCAACAUGGAUCCAAGAGCUGUACCAUCUCAAUCGUGUCCAAAGGUACUGCACUUACGAGAGACCUGGAUACGGUUUAUCGGACUCUGCUCCUGCACCCAUUUCCAUCGCAAUGGUAGCAGACGCUUUGAAAUAUGCUCUUUUGACAGAUGCUAAGAUCAAGGGACCAUUCACUACGGUGGGAUAUGAUCUGGGAGGAUUAUUUACUCAAGUGUUCACAGCGAAAAACAUUGAUGUCGUCGAUUCCAUGCUUCUCGUCGAGUCCUGGCAUGAGGAUCUCUUGUUGAAGAAUUAUCUGCAAAGGAUUCUCCCUCCAGAUCAUGACAACAAUGAUCCUGACGACUUAAGUCAUUUACCCCCUGAAAUAAGGCGACACAAUGGUUUCAUACUUUGGUGGCAGGGUAUUUGGUCAACACUGGGUAUUAAGCUACAAACCUCUUGGCUUCUUGCCCACCACGGAUCGAAAGAAAGAAUUUUUGGCCGCGAUAUGAUGUAUCAAAGCCGUUAUUUAAGGGCCAAAUUUUUGGAGAGCGUCACAAGCUCGUUGCUAAGCUAUAAAGAUGUUCUGAAUAGUAAAGAAAAGCUCAAGGACGUGAAAUUGAGCGUCGCAAGCUCAAAUGAGCUUAUUAAAAAAUCGCCCCAGUGGGGCAAUUGGCAAAGAGAUUUGACAAAACUGUCCUCCAAGACGCAGGAAUGGAAAGUUUUGCAUGGUGGUCAUGAGGUCUACAAGUUCGGGACAGCCAAACAGGAACUACAAGACGUCUUGUUGAGACUGAUCGAGGAAAAAGAUAGGUAUUAG